AUGGUGCGCUCGUUUCCAAAUAUUGUGGUGACUGGCACGCCAGGUACUGGCAAGUCCACCUUGGCCUCGCAGAUCUGCGAGACGUUUGCGAUGGAAAGUGGAGUGCAUCCCCUUCGGCAUAUUAACGUGGGCCCUCUUGUCAAAGAGAAAAGUUUUCAUGCAUCGUAUGAUCCUGAAUGGGACUCGUAUGAAGUGGAUGAAGACCAACUACUGGACUACCUAGAGCCGCUCACCGGUGGAACAGCGCCGGACUCGCUUGAAUCAGACCCAGAAGGCUGCGAGCAAGCGCGUGACGUGAGCGAAGACGACGAGACACGUGGUGGUCUUGUGCUUGACUGGCACACUUGCGAUGCAUGGCCUGAACGCUGGGUCGAUUUGGUAAUUGUACUCCGUUGUGACCACCAGUUGCUAUGGAAACGCCUGGAAAGACGAAACUAUUCGGAAAAGAAAAUUGCUGAGAAUAAUGAGGCAGAGAUCAUGGGCGUUGUGGCUGAAGAGGCUCGUGAGUCAUAUGCACCUGAAGCAAUUGUCACACUGCAAAGUGAAUCUGCCGAUGAAAUGGAGUCCAACGUAGAACGUAUCAUCCAGUGGAUUCAUGCGUGGCGUCAACAGCGCGGUUUGGAGUAG